AUGGUAGAAGGAUCGUUACUGACUGAAAGACAGCGGCAUGAUCUACAUUUGGCCAUUGCACAAUAUCUUACUCCUUUGUUGAGCUCUGAAGAGGACCGAUUCACUCUUCCCCGCGUUCUGCAGCGAUUGGAGAUCGAUGAAUCAGCCACCUCCGAGAACCCCAACUACUUAGAGAGAAAAUGGCUGACGAUUUUGAAACUUCAGAAGAAGAUUUUGGAUUUGGAAACCCAAUUGAAAGUCGCGAACGAAACCAUCGAGUCCCUGAGUCAAAACCCGAGCUCCGAUGCUGGUCCUACUCUGGACCGUCUGAACUGGAUCCCAUCCAAGGUGGAUAGGGUGAUAAAAUAUCACACCCAGCCGGUGACGGCUUUGGCUAUUCAUCCUUAUAAGCCGUUGCUAGCUACAGGAUCAUCAGAUGGGUCUAUAGUUUUGUGGGAUUUGUUGGACCUUGCUCAGCCAGUGAGCAUAGCUAGAAAUGCGCAUUCCAGAGGAGUGAGUUCACUAUGCUUCUCUCCCACUGAUAUACACAUGGGCGAUGAUAAUACUUCAAACAAAUUAGUUGUUUUGGCAUCAGCUUCGUUGGAUAUGUUCAUCAAAGUAUGGGAUCCCGAGUCGAAUUUCACACAGCUUCGUUCCCUGGUGGGUCACGAGAACAUGGUAUCCAGUAUAACGUUCAACCCAAACAUUCCCUCAGAGCUUAUUAGUUGCUCUAAAGAUACUUCCAUAAGAUUAUGGGAUGUCUCCUCGGGAUUUUGCAUGCUGACUUUUGUCGGCCACUCCGAUUGGGUGAGAGAUGUUGAUGUCAGUGAGAGCGGUGAAUACGUGCUGAGUUGCUCCAACGAUCAAAGCAUUAGGAUAUCUCACAAGUCUACAGGCUCGGGAAUAGGAUUACUACUAGGACACAAUCAGGUCAUAGAAACAGCCAAAUUUGUGCCAGCAUUGGCUAAUAAGUACUUGGAUGAUAUUUGCGCUAAAGUGCUCCAGAUAGAUCCUUCCUCAGAGUUUCUAUCCAAUCCUCAAUUUGAAAAAGUGGGCUACAAAUAUGCCAUCUCGGGUGGUCGUGAUAAUACUGUUAGGAUAUGGCUAUUGCCAUUGCCCGUGUUCAAGCCGGGUGUUGAUUCCCCAUUGCCUAGUUCAACCCCUGAAGGGCUUCUUAUUGCUACUCUGGAAGGGCAUUCGUCAUGGGUAAAGGACAUACAGUUUCAUCCCAACGCUACAGUUUUCGCGAGUUGCAGUGAUGACGCUACGAUCAAAUUCUGGGAUCCGAAGAAAAUCGCGGGAAGCAUCGAAUGUGUCUCUGUGCUCAAAGGACAUCAUGGAUUUGUAAAUUCCAUAGCCUUUGCACCACUUCCAAGUGAUUCAGAUAUCAGCGAAGCCAAAAUGAGAUGCUACUUUGUAUCUGGCUCAUCAGAUAACAUCACCCAGCUUUGGUCAUAA